AUGGUCCUUAGAAAAUUGUUUCUUUUGGGUUGCAUAAACCCAUGCAGUGAUACUAUCCGCGUGAAAGACCCAUCAGGAGAUUGGAAAACAUUUUAUGUCCGUGAUAAGGUAGACACUGGUGGGUUUAGUCGCAUUGAUCUGGUUGUUGACAAGACGUCUAGACGACUGUUCGCCUUGAAACGAAUUUCGUGUCAUUCAAAGGAUGAUGAAAUAAAAGCAUUAAGAGAGGCCAAUUUUCAUUUAAGCCUCCAUAGUCAUCCUAAUUUGCUGCCUUGUGUGGCAAUCGGCUUACAAGAGAUUGUUCGACAACAACAAGGGGCGAUUUCAGAAGUUCUGUUAGUCUUGUGUUACAGCAAGAGGGGUACACUUCAAAAGGAGAUUGAUAUCCGAUGUGGACAGAACAAUGCCUUUUCUAUUCAUUCCAUAAGAAAUUUAAUGAUAGGCAUAUGUGAAGGCCUUUUAGCGCUUCUUUCUCUCGAUACGCCAAUGUGUCACAGAGACUUGAAACCUGGGAAUGUUCUUCUGUUUGAGGAUAUGAGACCAGUCUUGAUGGACUUCGGUUCUGUUACUCCGGCCAUUCUUCAUAUCAAGAACCUGAAAGAUGCAGGAAAAUGGAAGGAGUUUGCUGAAGAAAAUUGUUCUUUAACUUAUCGAGCGCCUGAAUUUUUUAACCCAACAGCUGACCAAGAUAUAACGGAGAAAGCUGACAUUUGGUCUUUAGGAUGUCUGCUUUAUGCCUUGUUCUUCUUCAAGUCUCCAAUGGAUAUUGUUCAUUCUCGAGGGGAUAGCGUUGCGUUGGCUGCUUGUUCGUCAAAUAUAUUCUUUCCCAAGCAUUCUUUUUCACAAAUUCCAUCAGAAGUAAUGAAUCUACUGAAAUCAAUGUUGUCAGCAAAGCCUGAGAGUCGACCAUCACUAAUACAGAUUUUAGAAUUCUUUAAAAAUUUACCAACAGAAAUUGCCCAAUACACUCUUCAAAAUGCAAUAACUUGUUCGCUUUAG